GAAGUAUCUACCGUCGUUCCUGAAGUCAACAACAGUAACUUCCGACACCCAGUCCAGACAAUGGGUCGCAAAAAUUCCAGAGGAGGUCGCAAAGGCGGCGGUCCCAGUCGCGCACCCCGCGGUGGAGGAGGAGCAGGCGGCGACCGCGCUGCUUCAUACCGAUCGUAUCCUGACGUUGUCAAGGAGCACGAAAAGCUCGAGCGGUACUACAACACCAUCAUCCCACUUGACGAUGAUGAGAGAGUCAAGUUCUGGGACGCUCUGAAGAGAGAAUUGCCCAACUCGUUCCGCUUCUGCGGUUCCAAAGGACACGCGUUGGCCGUCAAGAGAUUGCUCGAAACCAGAUAUGCGCCCGAGAUCGUUAAGAUCGAGCGCUACGAUGGACAGACUGUCCAGGCCCCGCAGCCCAUCUCAUGGUAUCCCGACCAGCUCGCCUACUCUAUGAACACCCCCAAGCAAGUUAUUCGCAAGUUCCCUCCCUUCGCCGCCUUCCAGAAGUUCCUCGUCUCCGAGACCAGCGUGGGAAACAUCAGUAGGCAGGAGAUUGUCAGCAUGAUACCGCCCUUGCUGAUGGACAUUGCGCCCGGCAUGACCGUCUUGGAUCUGUGCGCUGCUCCCGGAAGCAAAGCCGCACAGCUUUUAGAGAUGAUCCACGUGGGAGAGGAAGCUAGAGUGCGCAAAGUCAUGGGGUCAUUUGGCGAAACGAAGGUCGAGCCCGCGAACGAUGAACCAGCCGAUCUCAGCAUAGACUCUGGCGACGACGGAAGAGCAACAGGACUUUUGGUUGCUAACGAUGCCGACUACAAGCGCAGCCAUAUGCUUGUUCACCAGCUCAAGCGACUUUCUUCACCCAAUUUACUCGUUACCAACCACGAUGCCACCCUUUACCCCUCUAUCAGGCUCCCACGAGACCCCGCCAACUCUCAUCAGGGUGUAUACAUGAAGUUCGAUCGGAUUCUUGCCGAUGUGCCCUGUUCCGGAGACGGUACGCUGAGAAAAAACAUGAACCUGUGGAAAGACUGGCAACCUGGAAAUGCUCUCGGUCUUCAUAUUACUCAGGUCAGAAUCUUAGUCCGGGCGCUUCAGAUGUUGAAGGUUGGUGGAAGGGUCGUGUAUUCGACUUGCAGCAUGAAUCCAGUCGAGAACGAAGCUGUUGUCGUUUCUGCCAUUGAGCGAUGCGGUGGACCUACCAAAGUUGAUAUCAUCGACUGCAGUGACCGGUUAACUGGCCUCAAGCGUGUCCCCGGUAUGCACCAGUGGUCGGUAAUGGACAAGACAGGCCGCAUUUGGAACAACUUUCAGGAAGUCCAACAGUUCGCACUGACCAAGGACGACGGGCUCCUGCCUGGAAAGGUGUCUGAAACCAUGUUCCCACGAUCUGAUGAGAGUGACUGCUCGGGUCUUCCUCUAGACCGCUGUAUGCGAGUCUACGCGCAUCAACAAGAUACUGGAGGAUUCUUUAUCACUGUCUUGGAGAAGAAGAGUGAGAUCAAAGCGAAGCCCGAGGCAACACAGACCAAACCGGAAGUGAAGGCUACUAAUAGCACCGGCGAAGAGGCGAAGGAGGAAGUGGCAGCGAAGCUGUCAAUAGAAGAGUCGAAGGCUGCCGAAGGGAAGCCGACUGAUGUCCUUCCAACAAGCGGCACUAAGAGGCCUAGAGAGUCUGACGCAACCAAAGAACAGCCAGAUGUGAAGAAGACAAAGACCGAAACAACCCCUGAGGAUAGCACUCAAGUCAUUUUAGCAACAUUGCCCGUCCCUGAAGUGGAUCCGGCCAAGGCAGAAUCUGAUAUCGACAUCAAGAGUUCUACGAGCAACACCCCCAAACCGCAGACACAACUGCCAGAGCGACGCAAGGGUCCCGGUGGUGCCUUCGAGGAGCCGUUCAAAUACAUUCCUGCUGACCAUGAAGUCGUUAAGUCUAUUCAAAGCUUCUACAACAUUUCCCCUCGCUUCCCUUCGGACCGUUACAUGGUACGGAAUGCGAUGGGGGAGCCUGCCAAAGCAAUCUACUACACAAGCUCGCUUGUUAGAGAUAUCCUGGUGGAGAAUGAGGGCCGCGGCAUGAAGUUUGUACACGGUGGUGUGAAAAUGUUCAUGAAACAGGAUGCGCCGUCUGCAGAGGUAUGCCGCUGGCGCAUCCAAUCCGAGGGCAUGCCAAUAAUUGACGGAUACGUUGGGCCUGAACGCACAAUUCGUCUGACGAACAAGGAGACGUUCCAUAAGCUGCUCAAGGAGAUGUUUCCCAAGUUCGUAGACGGUGACUGGGUGAAGCUCAACGAGAUAGGCGAGCAAGCUCGAGACAUUGGUAUGGGCUGCUGUGUCCUCAGAGUCGAGCCGGACGGCACGGACCCUGAUUUCUCUGAGCGCAUAGUCCUACCAUUGUGGAAGAGCUUUCAGUCGCUGAACCUGAUGCUACCUAAAGAGGAUCGGUCGGCGAUGUUGCUGCGGUUAUACAACGACACCACGCCAGUCAUCAACCAGACGUUGAAAGAAAAGGCGAAGAUGGAGGCUAACGCAGAAGAAGCCAAGCCUGAGGUGAAAGACGAAAAGACGGAGAUUCACAAUGGUGGGAACACAUCUUCCGAGGAUGGUAAGACAGAGUCAUCCUCAGCUAAAGUCGAGGUUGACAGCGAGAUACCUAAUGGAGACGCAAUGAAACUCGAGGAGGACGACGCUGAGAAUAAGACGACGGCUACCUAGGAAGAGUUGUCAUCAAUCUCCGUUCCAGACGAGCCGCAGAUCGGACAUAUGGAUCCCACGCUUGCAUAUCAAGCAGAAUUGUGAGACCUCACGGAAGACUAUCUUCGCGUGGUACGAGAUUUAGGACCAUGACUUCCCAUGGUGCAAGUGGUUGUAC